AUGGAGUGCAAUCAUUUCGUUCUGCCUGUUUUUUACCACGUUGACCCUUCUGAUGUCAGGAAACAAAAAAACACUUUUGCAAUCGAUGUCAAAGCCUGUUCAAGGUGGACAGAACAGAACGUAAACCUGUGGAAGAAGGCUCUUAAGGAGGUUGCUGAUUUGGCAGGCAUGGUUCUGUCAGGGUCUGAAUCAGAAUUUAUUGCAAAAAUUGUUGAUACAAUUGACUAUAAACUAGAUUUGAAAUUAGUUAGUACUCCACCUCAUCUAAUUGGAAUGGACUCUAGAACUAUAUUUAUCAAUUCUUGGUUGAAAAAUAAGCAAUCUGGUGAUAACAUCUUGGCAAUUUGUGGUAUGGGAGGCAGUGGCAAGACGACACUGGCCCAAUUUAUUUAUAACUCAAACAAGAAAUAUUUUGAAAACACCAGUUAUCUUGAAGAGAUUGGAAAACACUACAAACUUCCUCAUGGUUUACUUGGGCUACAAAAACAACUUCUCACUGACAUUUUAGGGGGAAAGAAUGAAAGGAUAUCCAAUGUUUCUGAGGGAACAAGUAAAGUUGAGGCUGCCUUACAGAAGAAAAGGGCGUUUAUUGUUCUUGAUGAUAUUGAUGAACAUGACGAAUGCCUUCUAUCCAUCUCAUCAAGUAAGAAACUGGUGAUGCAUCAACUGCUUCAAGAGAUGGGAAGAAAGAUUGUCCUUGAAGAAUCCAAAGAUCCUUCAAAACAUAGUAGAGUCUCACAAAAUUAUGAAUCUUAUCGUUUGUUGGGAAAAGGAAAGGGUUCCGAGACAAUCGAAGGUCUAGCACUUGACGUGCGAAAGCUCGAGCAAGGGAUGAGAUCAAAUCCAUUAGCCCUUAAAACAGACAUGAGUUUCGGAAACUUGAAAAAGUUUGAACCACCCAUGGUUCUUCAUUCGCUGAAGAUUUUGAAUCUUAAAGAGUCUCACAAACUUGUCAGUAUCCACAAUCUUUCCCGUCUUCCUAAUCUUGAGACUUUGAUUCUCUGGAACUGUGGAAGGCUGACUCAUGUUUGUGAAACAAUUGAAUGCCUUGAGAGCCUUUCUCUGUUGGACUUUACAGGGUGUACAAAUCUGUGGAAGGUUUCAUCGAAUAAGAAGCCAAAAUCUUCAUGUACUGGUGGAGGAAUUCCACGCCAAUCGUUUUCCUUACCAGACUCGUUGAAGUUUUUGUUUCUCAAUGACUGUAACCUUGAGAACAACAAUGACAUUCCAUUGUUUUUUAGUGGCCAACCAUUCUUUUACUUGAAUUUAGGCAAUAAUCUAUUGGAGGUCCUGCCCAAUAACAUUAAUCUUAAAAUGCUUCGGGUACUUGAAUUGACUUCAUGUCCAAAAUUGAAGUCCCUUCUAUGUCUCCCAAGUACGCUAGAAGAGUUGUAUACAUAUCGGUGUUUCUCACUGGAGAAAAUAACAUUCGAAUCAGCUCGAUUCAAGCUGCGGAAAUUUGUAUAUCGAGAUUGUAACAAAGUGUCUGAAAUUCAAGGCCUUUUCAAAUUGGUGUCAAUAGAAAAACUUCAUGAAGUAGAUUUGGGACACAUGAAAUGGAUCAAAGCAUAUCAAGAUCGUGAGGUGGACCUGGUGGGUGAUGAGAUCACUAGAAACAGAAAGUGGCAUAUCCAGGUAUUGUACGAGUAUGGCAUAAUGAACACAUAUCUGCCUGGAAUAAUUGAUCAAAGCAUCACAGCAUCUGAGUAUAGAUCAUUGUCCCCGAAUGUAUCCUUUCGUGUGCCGUCUUGUCCUAAGAAACAAAGGAUCCAAGGAUUACAAGUAACAGCUUUAUACAGACCAUCAGGCCAGGAUGAAGAUAUCUGGGUUUUGUUCACCAAAAUUAGUAAUACGACCAAGGGCCUUACUUGGAUGUACAAUCCUGUGGUCUAUUGCCAACCAGGAGUUGGUGAAGAUGCUGUAUGGAUAAGCUAUUGGCCAAUUGGAAACAUAUUAGACACUGGUGAUGAAGUCAAUGUGUCCAUCAUUGUGGGGAAUGGAUUGAAUGUAACUGAGUGUGGUGCCAGCCUUGUGUUCAUAGAUGAUGGUGAAGUAGAGAAAGAAAGCUGUGAACAUCACAUGAAAGAGGAAGAAGUUAUUGGAGGAGAUUUAUCUGAAUUUGAGCUGACUACAAAAGGGUACUAUCUUUGCCGCCGUGAUUUCUUCAAGUCAACAACCCUUGAUUGGGUAAAGGUGUUACUUGGUGAUCCCAUUCCCUAUACGGAGUUACUAGGAUGGAGGAAAUCUCGUCCGACACAAUACUCAAUUGCAUCAUUUAUGGAAUUGGAAACUUUCAGAGGCAGCUUUUUUUCCAAUAUGAAAGAAAUUGUGCUGAAAAUUGACUCAUACAGUCGAACUAAAGAAAAGAAGAUGUUGAAGGCGUUAUCUGCUGUACAUGGCGUGAAUUCGGUUAUGAUCGAUAUCAAAAGAUGGACGGUAACUGUUAGUGGGGAUGUUGAUGCUGUGGAUGUUGCUAUAUGUGCCAAGAAGAUCAAAGACAUGCACAUCAUAAGUAAUGGAAGCUCCACACAUUCCAGAGGAUACACAUACCCGUUCAAUGAUGUAAAGACAGAGGGAAUAGAAAUGAUUUCAAGGAAGAUUCAUUUAUUAGUCCUUGGGUGUGUAUGGAUUUGUAGAAGGUGA